AUGUCUUCCUCCGCUCUCCGCACAUCCAUGAGAAUGGCCUCACGGCCGCAACAACGCCUGGCUAGCAUCCAAAGACAGUUCAGCAGCUCUGCGCCGCAAAGGAGAGAGAUACGGGAUGCAUACAUUAUAAGCGCGAGCCGAACACCCACCGCAGUGUUCAAUGGCAACUUCACAACAGUAUCCGCGACCGAACUCGGCGCCACAGCCAUCAAGUCCGCCCUCGAAAAGUCAAAAGUCCCAAUCUCCUCCAUAGAUGCCGUCUACAUGGGCAACGUCCUCUCCGGAGGCGUCGGACAAGCACCAGCGCGGCAAGCAGCCAUCUUUGCUGGGCUGCCCACCAACAUCGAAGCCACUACGAUCAACAAAGUAUGCGCAUCGGGUCUGAAGGCAGUAAACAUCGCCGCCUCGACUAUCGAGCUCGGGCAAGCGGAAGCACAGGUCGCUGGAGGAAUGGAGAACAUGACACGAGUUCCAUACUAUAUGAACAGGGCCAGCCAGCAACCAGCGUUCGGCCACCAAAAGCUGCAGGACGGCUUGAUCGCUGACGGACUGUGGGAUGUCUACAACCAGAUCCACAUGGGCAACUGUGCAGAGAACACGGCAAAGAAGUACGAAGUUUCAAGACAGGACCAGGACGACUACGCCAUCGAGACAUAUAAGCGCGCACAGCAAGCAUACAAGGAUGGACUCUUCAAAGAUGAGAUUGUGCCAGUCACUGUCAAGUCGAGGAAGGGCGAGACUGUCAUCUCCGAGGAUGAGCAGUAUAACAAGCUGAAGCUGGACAAGGUCUCCACGCUGAAACCAGCUUUCGAAAAGGGGCCAGAUGGCACAGUCACAGCGGCGAACAGCUCGCCCCUCAGUGAUGGCGCUUCAGCAUUGAUACUAGGAAGCAAGGAAAUCGCACAGCAAUACGGCAAGGACAGCCGUGUACUGGCAAAGGUCGUCACCUACGCUGAUGCUGCUGUUGACCCCAUUGACUUUCCCGUCGCCCCCGCUUCCUGCGUCGAGAAACUCCUGAAGCAAUCCGGUCUCUCAAAGAACGACAUCGCUAUCUGGGAGUUCAACGAGGCCUUCGCUGCCGUUAUCAAGGCCAAUGCCAAGAUCCUUGGUCUCGGCACGGACAAUGUAAACCCAAGAGGUGGUGCUAUUGCUCUGGGUCACGCCCUGGGUAGCUCCGGGAGCAGGAUUCUGGUUACACUGCUACAUCAGCUGAAGGUUGGACAGUAUGGUGCAGCUGUCAUUUGCAACGGGGGUGGCGCGUCAUCAGGUAUCAUCGUACAAAGAGUUAGCGCGGAUCAACUGUAG